UUAGACGCUAAUUAGUCGUUUUUUCUUUUGCCUCUGGAGCCAACUUAAUUAUUCCCAUAGAAAACACUACUUAUAUGAUCUCUACCUAUCAAAAAAGAAGUGAGGAAAGAAGACCCGAGAUAGGAGACUUAGGGCUGGUGAUUCCAGGGCUUCCUGGCGGUGACGCCGGUGCGUCAACCAGCAGUAGGGCGGAAGGAUUUCCUCUCCUUUUCGGAUCUUUCUCAGUAAAUGUCCCAGGAACAGAGGAAAUCAGAGAUAAAACUCAUUCUGCAGAUGAGACCAGAUGGGAUCUGCGACCACAACGAAAAUUCAACGAGAGUAACGACAGUGUCUCGCGUUUGGCUUCGGCGGAAGUGGAGGCGACCGCAACCGGACAAAAUCUGGACCCCAUCCAACGGACGCGGCUUAAUCAGUGCUGAUGACGGAACUUCAGCUCCGAGGAUUGCUUACCCUCUCACAGGGGUGGCUCCACAUCGAAAGGGUUUGUGGCGACCUGCAACUCGCCAAAAGAAGAGACUUCUAGGCUACAGGACACUUUACUCCGGCAGUGAGUCCUCAACACCUCGGCUGAAUUGGAAGAAUAUGGCUGAAACUAGAAAGUUUAAGCACAACAGGGCCAAUAUGCUCAGGGGAAACGCACGUCCAGGCAAAGAUUACGGCUACAAAACAGAAAAAGCACAAUCUAGUAAGGUAUGAGCUUACCCCAUAUGGGUGUGAAAUUUCAAUUGAGAGUAAAUGCUUUCGGUUUCAUAUAAUUAAUAGCAAUGCACUGUGUAUUUCUGAAAUGAAACAUGGGAUCACUACUGUUAUUGACCUUGAUUUGGUAAAGGCUUCUUGGUUAAAGACCUCUAUCCCCAAUUUUUUUCUGGUACAUGGGCUUGCUCUAGAUUAGAAUUGAAUUCCACGGUUAUCCUUCAUGAUGCUAAUUUUUUUGGAGGCUUAUUCGAAUUAUUGAGAAGCGUGGCAAUUCUCUAUUUAUACCUGAAGGAAGAAAUGCAUUUGGAAUUAAUUGUUUUCUGUCUGUGAUUUCAAGAGCAAUUACUUUAAUGAUUGGAUGCACAAGUAAGGAGCCAAUGCAGACGAUUGGAUGUGCUACAUAUGAAAUUUUAUCGGGUAACACAAGUGCAUUUUUUGAUUGGGAUCCUCUGUCGCAAGGAAGGGAUGAGGAUAAUUAUCACUCUUCAAUCUCAGAAGCAUUUUUGCAGGUGGAUAUUAUGCAUUGCGGUUCUGCUAAGAAUUCUUUAGAGAUGAUUGCUAUUGAGGACGUUAAUAAUUCUGAACUAAUUCCCGUUCCUGACCCUUCAUUCGCAAUUAUAAAGGAUUUUUUUGAGACUACUAUGACUAACGGGGUUGAUUCUCUCUCCCAAUUUCUACUCAAAGAAUUCAAAAGAAUCCUUGCUGACUCUUUAGGAAAUCAGGAGAGACCUGCUGAAGAUGGGAAAAUUACUAAGUGUGCAUCAGAGAGCGAGAAGAUAAUACUAGGGGAUUUUUUUACAGAUAAUUCUGAAGAUUUUGUAAGUGAGGGGGUCUGUGGCGAGCAGCUCUAUGAACACUUUGGGGAUGAUUUUCUGGGCCACGCAUCGGAGAGCGAGAAAAGAACUCCUAUUUCAUCGAUGGACGAUCUUUGGGACUCUGAGACGAAUAAUGAUAUUUGCAAUAAAGCUUUUUUUAUCACGCCAAAAAACUGCUUGCCUACAGGGAAUUUGAACACUCAAAUUAAGAUAUACAGGAAAAAAUAUCAACGGUCCCAUCAUAUGAAGACUAGAUCACAAACUCGGUUGGAGUACUGACUAUGAGUGUUAGGGGCUUCUUGG